CUGAACUUCGCCUCUAAUCAAAGAAUGGACGCAUAUGUAACACACACACACACACAUACACACACACGCACACACACAUUCAAGCUAAAAGUUUACAGACCGCGCCUAGAUUUGCCCACUAACUUAUUACUCCAAACAGUAAUAAGAUUCAUUCGAUUUUAUUGUUUUAAUAUUUACAUAUUUAUAUCUAUUUUAUUGUCUAUAUAUAUUAUUGUUAGUAUUUUAAAAUCAGGACUUAACUGGUUAAAAAUCAACUCCAAAUGAACCCGGAAGUGCGAAUCAUUUGCAGUUAAUGAUUUAAGGAAGUCCCCGUAAGGAACUCUACUUUCUAAAAUAGCAAGCCAUACCUAGAAAUAUAAUAAUAGUAAUUCCCUUAAUUACAAGAGGUGACGUAUUUACGUAAUAAAGUUCUGAUAUUAAUAUAAAGCCGGCAGAUAAAAGCGUUAGUGGUAUAUGGACAGUCAUAUUAAGAUUUAAUCAAAAAACUGCAUCUCACUAUAAUUACUUGGUAUUUUUGCCGUACUUGUCUAAUGUUAAAGUGUUCCUAAUGCAGACCCCCCAAAAAUUAUAUAAUAAUAAAUAAUAAUAACAUUGAACUGUCACCCUACAGUUUAAAUCUCUCCCUCUGUUUAGUUGUGCUGUUAUCCACUUCUGGUUUAAAUUGUCUAAAUAUUUACAAUUGUGAGCUAGAGUUGAUCAAGUUCAGUUCAGACUCAGUGAAAACACUGAAAUGCUCCUUUACUAUAGCACUUGAAGCAGACGCCAACUUCAGCUAUAUCCAGAUAGCUACAGAACAGCUACCCUUAGCAAAAACAAACACUUCUCUCCUCCUUACAGCAAACAUAGAAAAAAAAAACAGUCUAUCAUUGUGCUCAAGACGAAUGAGACACAUUUCAUAUUCAUUGUGUGUAUUAAGUUUGCAGCUGCACCUGCUUUUUGCAGCAAGAAGGUUGUGGGUUUGAAUCCCUGCCAUGGUGUUUAUGCAUAAGUGAGUUCUCUCUGGGUACUCUACCAAACGCAUGACUGUUAGGGUAAAUUCUCCAAUUUAAAAUUGCACUUAUAUGUGUGUGUAUGAGUGUGUGUCUGCGUGGCACUGUGAUGGACUGACGACCUGUCCAGUGUGUCUCACCCAGUGACCCUGCCUCUCGCCUAAUGACUGGUAGAGGGAGACACCCGCACCUCCCCCCCCAGCAAGAAUCCGCAAGGAUCCAUGUUCAGAGACAAUGGGAGGAUGGAUGGAGUUUGCAUCUCUUUAAAAAAAAAAAAUCUUAACUGUUAUUAUUAAUUAUACUAAUGUCUGACAACAGUGAUGUUUGAAAUGUCUAGGAUGUCAUUCUAGAUUUUUUUUUUUUAAAUGUAAUUCUUACGAGUAGAAGCUCUGAUCUCAAAUGCCUUUAUUACGAUUAUUGGCACAUAUUAUUUUAGAUAUCUAAUAUUGACAUCAGUAAUUAGGCUAAUGUCAACAGUGAAAGUUAGGUUAUGGAUAGGAAGUGUUGUAGAUUUCUAAGAAUAGAAUUCAGAAAACGUAAUUUCACAUAUGUUAUCACUUUUUGCAAAUAUUGUUGAUAUAACUUAGGACAUUGGAACCUCUACUAGCAGCGCUAUGUCUGCUAUACGUAUUCUUGAUUAUUUAAGAGUAACUUUCAUAUACUGGUUUAUUAACGAGUAGCAACAUUUAUGUUUGGGAUACCUGAAAUGUUGAUUGUUUGUAGGUUGAAUGUCUUUCUAAAUGUCUGAAGAUUCAUUUUUGUAGAUUGGAUUCAUGGAAAUCCUCCAAUAUCCCACCUGUGUGUCUAUUAAAUGUUAAAAGGGUUUGCCACGGCCAGUGUUUGAUGCCUCAUCUUCCUUAAUAAAGGUGCGCGACGUCAGAGCAGCAGCGUGGAGGUGUGUGUGUGUGUAUGUAUGUUAGAGAGAGAGACAGACAGAGAGAGAGAGAGAGAGAGAGAGAGAGAGAAUGGGAGGAGACCUGCGCGCACAAUGCGCAUGUGCAGACGGUGAGAUCUGUGCUGCGGUGGAGCAGGGACUGGACACACACCGCUAGAGAGAUGGCGCGGCACCCGACAGGAGCGCAAGGACAGCUGGUUGGCGACGGGGGGGCUUGAAUCACAAACAAGAAGAAAAAUAUAUGAUUAUAAAAGAGAAAAAAAAAGGCAAAAAAGAGAGAGAAAAUGAUAAAUACAAGAAUAUUUAUAUAUAUAUUUAAAGAAGAAAAAUAACAGAUUUUGAAGAGACAUUUCAUUCCUGGAGAGCGGCGGCAGAGAGGUAUAGGAGAAUAAUCGAAUAUUGCAACACAGAGAGGAGGCUGCUGCAAGGAGGACACCAAAAAGCAACAAAAGCAAACUGAACUUUACUGGACGCGUGGACUUCCCGGACGUCGGCUUACGGCAGUAGGUCAGAUAGAUGGUUUGUCCACAGCGCUGCCCGGAUCAUGAACGCGCAGCUGUCGAUGGAGAACAUAGGCGACCUGCACGGAGUGAGCCAUGAGUCCGUCGCCGGCCACGGAGAGCUGCUGAGCGGCCACAGUCCGCACUCCCGCCCGAGCCCGCGGGGUCUGGGCCACCGCGCUAUGGGCAUGGCCACCCUACUGGACAGCGGAGACUAUCACCCAGGCCACCCGGGACACCUGCAUCCAGCCAUCAGCAUGUGCGAAGCCCCCCACGGCAUGAGCGCGAGCACCACUUACACCACCCUGACCCCCCUGCAGCCCUUACCCCCCAUCUCCACCGUGUCCGACAAGUUUCCCCCCCAUCACCACCACCACCACCACCACCACCAUCCCCACCAUCCGCACCCGCACCAGAGGCUCCCCGGGAAUGUCAGCGGCAGCUUCACGUUGAUGCGGGAGGACCGCAGCUUGGCGCCCAUGAACAGUCUGUAUCCCGCGUACCAUCACAAAGACCCCUGCAUGGGCCAGAGCCUCUCCCCGCUGUCUGGUUCUGGACUGGCCAGCAUACACACGUCUCAGGCGGGCAUCCCUCCGUACGCUCACCCCGGCGCCGCCAUGCCCGGAGAGAAGAUGCUUACGCCCAGCGGGUUCGAGGCUCACCAUCCGGCCAUGCUCAGCAGACACGCCGAGCAGCACAUGACCUCCUCCGCCGGGAUGGUGCAAAUCAACGGCCUGCAUCAUCACCCGCACGCCCACCUCGGAGCGCAGGGCCACGGCCAGGUGCUGGGUAGCAACCGGGAACAGGCCUCCGGGCCUGGGCACCAAGGUGGCGGCGGAGGAGGUGGAGGAGGAGGAGGCGGCGGUGGUGGUGGCGGUGGUGUUUCUGGGGGGCAGAUGGAGGAGGUGAAUACCAAAGAAGUCGCGCAGAGGAUCACCACGGAGCUGAAGCGCUACAGCAUCCCUCAAGCCAUCUUUGCUCAGCGGGUCCUGUGCAGGUCUCAGGGGACCCUGUCCGACCUGCUGAGGAACCCCAAGCCCUGGUCGAAGCUCAAGUCCGGCAGAGAGACGUUUCGUCGCAUGUGGAAGUGGCUGCAGGAGCCUGAGUUCCAACGCAUGAGCGCGCUCAGGCUCGCAGGUGAGCGAAGCCUCGCGUGCAAGCGCAAGGAGCAGGACCACGGCCGAAGCGAGCGAGGGAACGUGACCAAGAAGCCCCGGCUGGUGUUCACGGACGUGCAGCGGCGGACGCUCCACGCCAUCUUCAAGGAGAACAAGCGUCCGUCCAAGGAGCUGCAGCUCACCAUCGCCCAGCAGCUGGGCCUCGAGCUGGCCACGGUCAGCAACUUCUUUAUGAACGCUCGGCGCCGGAGCCUGGACAAGUGGGUGGACGACGGCUCCGGUCACGUGGCCAACUCGGGGCCCAAUGUCUGCACCAAAGCCUGAAGUCGGACUGAACCUGACCAACUCAUGGACUGACUCAACCUCGGUGGAAAAGCUUUAAAAAAAAAAAAAACACUUCUGAGAAACAAAGAAAACUUAAAAGACCUUGAAGCAACAUUUUGCCCUUAAACCUGUACUAUAUUGAUAUUUAUAGUAUCCAAAGAUGAAAAGCAAACCAAAGACUUCUUGUUUGACCUGCUUUACGAUGUUUGUUUCAGCGACACAGUUUUUGUGUAACAUACUGCAAAAAGACUUUACUCUCUUUCACACACACACAAACAUGCAGACGCACUCACAAAUACACAUACACACCCAGGUCUCUAGCUUUAUUACACUCCCCUUCACCUCCCUACUGUGUAUCAGUCUAUCAUUUGCCAUCCUUAUCUCUAAUCUGAUUGGUUGGUUUUAAUGAUGGGUCCCUAAGAGGAGGUCUAAUCAGCCUAUCGGCAGUCUGGUCUGCAGGUGUCCAGAGCCUGAGAAAAAAAAGUUAAAAAAAAAAAAAAAAAAAAACAUGGAUGAAUGUGGAGUUCCAGCGGGAUUGGCCAAUCAACUUUAAAAAGAAAGAACAUUUUCAUCCUGCGGGGGAGCGACCCGGAUUGUUCUGCAACCUUGUUUGGACCAGUGACGUGGACUGUAUGUCUGUCUGUCUGUCAGUCUGUGCGAGUCGUCUGUAGUUCUGUCGAGCAUUCCAGACAGACGGGCGGGCAAAGAAAUGUCCUUUCGUAGACUGCUAACCCAAACCCAAACAGCCUGAACCAAACCAAAAAGGAGAAGAAGAAAAAAAUGGAGCUCGGCCCAUUCAGUGGUGCUUUCUUCCAACAUGCUGAUGCGUUCAGUCGGGAAAAUAAAAGAAACCAAUCGGGGUCAAGCUUCUCGUGCCGCGCAGGAACGAAACCUACAAAGACCAAAGAACAUAUUUAUUCAAAAUGUAGGUAUGGGCAAUUAGGAUAUUUUCUUGAUAUGAUAACAUUAAGUUUCAAAGUGUCAUUUUAUUUGCAACAAAAUUAAAUCAAAUAUUUAUUUCCAGAUUCAACGGUUUUUACUAAGUA